AUGGUGGCCAACCCGCUGGUGGUGGUGCUGGAGGGAACGGGCAAGGUGCGCCCGAGGGAGACCCCCAACUACGUGCUGCAGCUGCGGUUCUCCUCGCUGCGAGGCCUGACUUGCAUAAUGUUCUCGGUGGAAUGGUUCUUCUGCCUCCGGUUGAAGCUUGAGAGUGGACGCAG